UGCUGAGUAAACAAAUUGGCAUAUACUGUAUUUGCCUGAAUCCACGAACAGCCCCCCCCCACACACACACACACACACGCCCCAGUUAUUUGAUGUUAGAAAUUUGUGGGCCAUCUUAAAUUCAGAAGCCUUUAGGAUAAAUACAGGGCAAACGGCUCAGAGAUCAAGAUCAUGGCUUUCUCCAGCUCUGAUAUGGAUGAGGCCUUCGAUUACUUGUUCAAGAUCAUUCUGAUUGGAGACUCCAAUGUAGGGAAGACGUGUGUAGUCCAUCGUUUCAAGUCAGGGCAAUACCAUGCAAAGCAGCAAAACACCAUUGGGGUAGACUUCACAGUGCGUUCACUGGAGAUUGACAGCAAGAAGGUGAAGAUACAGGUGUGGGACACAGCAGGCCAGGAACGCUUCCGGACAAUAACCCAGAGUUAUUAUCGUAGUGCUCAUGGUGCUAUCCUUGCUUACGAUAUGACCAGGAGGUCCACUUUUGAGUCUAUUCCUCAUUGGAUUCACGAGAUUGAAAAAUAUGGUGCUGCAAACUUGGUCUUGAUGUUAAUUGGGAACAAGUCUGACGAAGCAGACAAGCGCCAAGUCCUCUUUGAAGAUGCUUGCACACUAGCAGAAAAGCAUGGUCUUCUGGCUGUACUGGAGACGUCCGCCAAAGAGGCUCAAAAUGUUGAUGAAGUCUUCAUACUGAUGGCUAAAGAGUUGAUGGCUAGGAAUACCUUGCAGCUUCACGGGGAGAACGGCUCUUCAGAUCACAUUCAGCUAGACAGCAAGCCAGUGCUUGUCACUCAGGAGGAGAAGUCCAGCUGCUCAUGUUGAUGAGAUGCUUCAAAGAGAAGAAACAACUGGGGUCAUUCCUGAGGCUUUAUGCUCUUGUGAGCACCUUCUGUCUAGCCUCUGGUUGCCAUCCUGAUGUAACCUGGCUGGGCAAUUUUGGCCUGUUGCUGUUAUCCAGAAACAGACACCAUUAUCUGUUGCCUUUCAGGUUGCAAUGGCCAAACUUGGCAGGGCCACCCUUUAACUGAAGAGAAAAGAGAUCUCUUGAAAGUCACAAACUUACUAGAAAAGAACAGUGAAGACUCUGACAGAAGUAGAUAAGCAUCUUGGUAUCCAAAGGGUCAGCCUGUCAAGCAUCUGCAUUCUACCAGUGGCUGUGGAAAAAGAUGGCUUUCCUUGUCUGUCACGACAGCAUCUCUCCUGUGUGUGUUUAGCUCCAAAUGGAGUACUGAUUGGGUGAUUGCUGGUGUAAACGUAAAAUGGCUUUCCAUCCUUUUGCAAGCUUGUCCUUUCAUAUAGGUCUAAAACUUUACUGGCUUCCCAGUUUGCUUAAGAUGCUUCCUGUUGCCCUCAUUGACUAGUCCAGGGGUUCUUAAACCUGGGUCUCCAGAUGCUGUUGGACUACAACUCCCAUCAUCCCUUCAGCCAUUGUGGCUGGGGAUGACAGGCGUUAUAGUCGAACAGCAUCUGGGGACCCAACUUUGAGAACCCAGGUCUAGGGUUUAUAGAAGUGUUUUAACAAGGGAUUUUGUUUGCAUGUGACAGACUUAUUUUGCCUACUUUGGUUUAAUAAAGUGACUGAUCCUGAUUGAAAAGCA